GAAUUCCAGCUCUUGAUGACGUCAUCCAAGCAUCCAGAUCUUGCGGCCAGCAGAAGCUUUCCUCCAUCAAUUCCUGCAAACCAGUGUAACUGUUAACUUCAACACAUCAAAAUACCAACGGAAUUUAGCAAAAAUCAGAACAAGCAAUGCAGCCCACUCUCAAUCAUUUCCUUCAGGCACUGGCCCUCUCCUCCAUCAUCAACCAGAUGCUGACAUGUGUAGCUGGCAUUCGAAAUUCGGCAGCCACGACGGAUGAUGGCCGUCGAAUUCUGCACGAGCCAUUGUUUCCAAUCGAAAACAUCCCGCCGCCUUCGCCGGUCGAGCCUCCCCCUCCCCCAGCAAGCCCAGAAAGCGACUGGCCGUUCUUCCCCCAGGGCCCGCCUGUGCCCAUCUUGGAUCAGCCGCGAUCGCCCGCCGCCACCACCAAUCUCACCAGCCCAUCCCAGUCUGCAGCCCCACCAGCCCACCCAAUCAAAAGGAUCACAAUUGUGGUCUCCGUCUCGAUCGCCGCAUUGGGUAUGCUAUCAGCAUUGGCAGUCUUCUUGUACUGCCACCGGGUAAGGCAUCCGACGGCGGAAUCUGAUAAGCUUGUCGGCAAUGACGCCCAACGGGUCCCACCAGAUGGGUCAGCUACCGCUGACGGCCUGUACCUUGGGACAAUGGACCCUUACAACCAAAGUGCUGGUGCUGCUGAGCCAAACAGAUCACCAUACCACAGGCUGAACUCGGUCCAGAGAUCAGAGCUGCACCGGCCAAGCCCGGAACUCCAGCCAUUGCCGCCACUAACCGGGCCACCAAAACGGGUUUCGCCACCAGCGAUGUCAUCCGAUGAGGAUACCUUGUUCUACUCUCCCCAAGGAUCGAUUGCUGAGACCAGCGAAAGUUCUGGCUCAUCAGUUUCACGACAGAUCUUACCACCUACAGCUGCUCCUGCAGCUACCAGAGUUGUUUAUACCUCUAAUUCUACUCAAUCUCAUCGAGCUUCUCCAAAAACCCGUCUCUCAAAUUGCUCUAGUGAUAUUAAAAAGACCAUUACAACAUCAGCGCCACCGCCACCGCCUCCCCCACCUCCGAUGCCAUCAUGUAGUCAGCAAUCUCAACUACAAUGCGCUCAGCCCAAAACACCAUCUCCUCCAAAACGGAAGGCAAAAUUUGCAUCACCACCUUCACCACCACCAAACUUGCAGCUUCCCCCUUGGAUGAAAAAUCCACCCACAAAGGCAGAAGGAAGUUCCGGCCCGCCUCCACCGCCACCGCCGCCGCCUCCACCCCCGCCAAUUUUGGGGAAAACCCAAAUUCCAGAAGCACGGGUCCCACCAAUGCCAGUUCGACCAUUGUCCAAACCCCAAUAUGUGAUGCCUGCCCCGACGGCUGCUCCUCGGGCCAAAGCACCACCAUCAGUUGUAGAGGUUAAUCGCGGUGGCAGCAGUUCAUCCGAGCCCCACGAAGUGGUUGACAACAUGGACAAUGGAAAACCCAGGUUGAAGCCAUUGCAUUGGGAUAAAGUACGCGCGAGUUCAGAUCGGGCGACGGUGUGGGAUCAACUGAAAUCAAGCUCUUUCCAAUUGAAUGAAGACAUGAUCGAGACCCUGUUCUGCAAUUCUGCAAUUCCUGUUCAGAAAGAAGCAACUAGAAGACCAGUUCUCCUACCUGUCGAACAAGGAAACAGAGUAUUGGAUCCGAAGAAGUCACAGAACAUAGCUAUACUUCUAAGGGCACUGAAUGUAACCCGGGAGGAGGUGUGUGAAGCACUUCUCGAUGGUAAUCAAGAGGGUUUAGGUCCUGAGCUUUUGGAGACUUUGGUAAAGAUGGCUCCGACCAAAGAGGAAGAAUUGAAAUUGAGAGACUACAGCGGUGAUUUAUCAAAGCUAGGCUCUGCAGAACGCUUUCUCAAGGCAGUGUUGGAUAUACCUUUUGCCUUUAAAAGAGUCGAUGCAAUGCUAUACAGAGCAAAUUUCGAUGCGGAAGUUAAAUAUCUAAGGAAGACUUUCGAAACUCUAGAGGCAGCAUGUGAAGAGCUGAAAAACAGUCGACUAUUCUUCAAGCUUCUUGAAGCCGUUCUCCGAACAGGCAACAGAAUGAACGUGGGCACUAACCGUGGAGAAGCAAAAGCAUUCAAGCUCGACACGCUCCUAAAACUGGUAGAUGUUAAAGGGACAGAUGGGAAGACAACACUCCUCCAUUUCGUGGUACAAGAAAUCAUUCGAUCCGAAGGUUCAGGUUCGGACCAUCCACCUGAAGAUUUUCUCAAGAAACUGCACCCCAAAUCAAAGGAGGAAGAAUUCAAGAAGCAAGGCUUGAGGGUCGUGGCUGGGCUGAGCAACGAGCUUAGCAAUGUGAAAAAAGCAGCAGGGAUGGACUCAGACGUCUUGAGCAGCUACGUGACGAAGCUUGAAAGGGAGCUCGAGAAAAUCAAGCUGGUGUUACAAUUAGAGAAGUCGUGCACGAAAGGCGUGAAGUUCUUCGAGGCAAUGAAGAUCUUUCUUAGAGAAGCUGAAGAUGAGAUUCUUCGAGUUAAGGCUGAGGAGAAGACGGCAUUGGCAAUGGUAAAAGAGGUUACUGAAUAUUUUCACGGGGACACAGCAAAGGAAGAAGCUCAUCCUUUUAGGAUCUUCAUGGUCGUACGUGAUUUCCUAUUGGUGUUGGAUCAGGUCUGCAAGGAAGUCGGGACAAUGCAGGAUAGGGUAGUGGUGGGGUCCGCUAGAUCAUUCCGGAUAUCAGCGAAUGCUUCAUUACCAGUUUUCAAUAGAUUCAAUAACAGGAAAGAAGGAGCUUCGGAUGAUGACAGUUCUUUGUCUUCAUAGAAUCACAUGAGAAGAAAAAUAAUACACCAUGAAUUUCUUUAAAACCCCAUCAAUACCCCGACGGUUUCAACACAUUUUUAUGUACAACCUGAGGGUAUUUGUGUCUUUUGGAGGCGAUGGAGGGUCCCAUAAGGAAGGAAAUAACACAGAAUCAGGAAGGUGGGAAGGCUAAGGAAUGCAGAUUGGAAAUUUGGAAAGCUGAAAAGGGUCAUGUAGAGUUACAGUCACACAUAGUCAGAUAAGGUCUACUUUUGUAAUUUAUCAAAGAAUAUUUAUCGUCUAUAUAUCAAUGGAAUUCGAUGUAUUCUUAUUCAUUUCAAGGAAAAUCAAAGCAGUCUUCAAAUCUUUCA